UAUCAGGUGAUCCAUCUGAAAAUACGUCACAAUAUUCGUCAACAGAAAUGGAGGGGGAAAGCACGGCAUCGCAAGUUCGGCCAAAACUCUUCUUUGUACUGACAUGCAUUUGGUGUUUUUGUGUCGUUUUAAGUACCAAGACGGAAAAAGUGCCGCCCACAAAAGGCCAUCCGGUUAUUUUGGUACCCGGUGAUGGAGGAACCCAACUAUGGGCGUCUAUCGACAAACCAGCCACUGUUCAUUACUUCUGCCGAGAAAAAGAAUCCUGGUUCACCCUAUGGCUCAAUGUGGAAGACCUACUUCCAGGUUCGAUCGAUUGCUUUGUGGACAAUGCAAGGCUCGUGUAUGACAAUAAGACCAGGACGACAUCCAGUCCCACCGGUGUGAACAUAACCGUUGUCGCCUUUGGCAACACAAGCUCAGUGGAAUAUCUGGAUCCCAGCAAAAUCUGGCUCGGCAAAUACUUCAAUGCCAUUGUGGACGGGCUGGUUGCCGUGGGAUACAAGCGAGGUGUGUCUGUGAGAGGCGCUCCGUACGACUUCCGCAAGGCACCAAAUGAAGCCCAGAUAUUCUUCCGGAACCUAACCCGUCUCAUCGAAGACACCUAUCGCAUCAACGGAAACCGUAAGGUGGUUUUGAUGACACACAGUCUGGGGUGCUUGUACACCUUGUACUUCCUCAACAGACAGUCCAAUCCAUGGAAGGCCAAGUACAUCCAGGCUUUUGCGCCUAUCAGUGGUCCUUGGGCUGGGGCAACCAAAAGCUUACGCGUUGCGAUUUCAGGUGACAAUGUUGGAGACUUUGCGGUCCAUGCCUCUGUUGUCCGGACAGCGCAGCGGAGCUGGCCCAGUUUAAACUUCCUGCUGGUGACCGACAAAUACUGGGGUCCCCACGAAGUCAUCGUGAGUACUCAGAAAAAGAACUACACUGUGAAUGAUUACCGGGAAGUGUUCAACGACAUGAACUAUGAGGUAGGCUGGGAGGUCUACAAAGACGUGAGGGGACUGGUGUAUGAUCUGAAAGCUCCUGGUGUACCCGUGUAUGGUAUUCACGGCCGUGACGUGCCAACAGAGGAAUUCUACGUGUACAACGAGGAAAGGCCAUUUCCGGAUUACGAGCCAUAUAUCACAUAUGGCCAAGGCGACGGAACAGUCAACAUGAGAAGUCUAAAAGCCUAUAUGAAAUGGCAACACGAACAACCUCACCCAGUCUCUGAAUUUGAGAUUUCAGGCGGGGAGCACGUGCACAUUCUACAGAACGCGACGCUCAUCAAGUACCUCAUUAACACGGUGCUUCACCUACCAUGAUCUCCGCCCAUGACAUUUGACCUUUCACAGUCAGCUGGUGAGAAAGGUGCGUGACGGUAUCUGGCAGGUUUUUUGAAAUGCUCCAUUUUUAUAUACAUAUGUGUAUAUUUUUUUAAAUCUUUGAUUUGGUUGGAAGAAAAAUAGUUUGGACUGGGUUUGAAGGGUGAAAAAAAUAACGGGCAAAAGUUCCAAACAUUGCUGUUUCUAAGUGUUCGACGUUGAAUGGGUACAAAACCCCUUUUCACACUAUUGUCGUAUUUACCCAUGUUGAAAUCAGCAGGGGUUCACACUAGUGUCACUUUAUACUUGGGUCAUCUGAAAGAAUUUUUUUGAUUUUCCACACUGGUAUAGCCGCUAAGCCACGGCCCCAACAAGGGCUAAUUUUUACCAGUGAAGUGGGGCCUUACUUUUUCGAAUAAUUUAGUAUUUGAUUAUCUGGUUUCAAUCUUUUUUUUUUGUUCGUUUCAUUUUUCAUAAUUGCAUUUUUGACCUGUAUUUUCUCCAACCCUGGUCACAUUUGAGAACACAGUAAUUUCUUUUUGAGUUCAGUGUUGCAAAGGCUUUGGAAUUGUUAUAUGGGGCAUUAUGAAUUUUGUUUUGUUACCAGAAACUAGGAGUUAGCAUAAACAUCAUUAUUCAUGACUUGGAAUUCUUUAUUAUUUUAAAAAUGUUAAGUCAGAUUGCAUAGCCUGUGGGAAACUACAGUCUGUACUAUAUUUGUGAGAUUACCCUUCCGUAUUUGAAACAAUAAUGAGUCUUUCGGGUUGGCACAUGAUUUUAAUUUUGAUCCAUGAGUAUUGUUGGUUGUCAGACUAGUAUUAAUAAUAAAAUUGUUCUGUCCAUUAUCAGAUGUAUAUUUAUGUAGAAAACAUACGCUCAGUGGACUGAACCAAAGUUUACUAAACCGUAUGUCAGUUUUAAUUUUUUUUUUUUUUUGGGUGAACGGG